GCGGACCCGGGUCUAGCUACACAGAUCACUCAGGUUAACAAUCUCCCCAAAUCUCCGUCAAUGAGCCAGUUUGCUAGGCACCUCACGGAGCCCAAGAAUGUUUCUCACUGAAGGCGCCUUGUGGAAGAAAUCGAGGUCGAUAUUCAAUUCCGGCUUCUCGCUCCCACAUCUCAUGACUUUAGUUCCUGCCAUAGUCGAUGAUGUUCUCAUUUACCGCAGGACCAUCGGCGAGCACACUGACCUCGGGGACGUGAGGCCCAUCGAGAAAGCAUUAGCUUAUUUGACGAUUGGCAUCAUGUGCCACGUUGUUCUCGCCUUCGACUUCGAGUCGCAGACCGAGAAGAACGGGUUCGUAGAGGUAUUUCGCAGCCAGAUAUCGUGGACGGCGAGCGCUGUAUCAAUUAACCCAAUCAUCAAUCUCAGCCCAUUACGGCCUUUCAUGCAUAGGUACUACACUCGAAAGAUGAACGCGUAUCUUGGCAAAGUUUUGGAUGAUCGAUUCGCCGACUCGAACCAUGAAUCAGGUAACUCUCGCCGCAAGCCAGCGAUCGACCUGGCACUCGACGAAUACACACAACAGCAAAAGGAAGAGAACGUUGCGAGAAGUGCACAGGGAAUCGACAAGGCCUUUAAGACAAAUGCCAGCGACCAGAUGAAGACAUUCAUCUUUGCCGGCCAUGACACCGCGUCGAGCACGACGGCCUACACUUACUUGCUCCUCGGCCAACACCCCGCAGAAUUAGCAAAAGCGCGUGCAGAGCUUGACAGCGUCUUUGGAACAGAUCCUAGCCAGACAGGAGAUCUGAUCAAGCAGAAUCCGAACCUAGUAAACGGCCUAACGUUUAUCACUGGCGUUGUCAGGGAAACAAUGAGGCUUUUCGCACCUGUGAUGACUGUACGUGAAGGGCAGGGCACGAUUACUUACGGAAAUGUCACGUAUGAUAUAGGCGGCUAUACGGUAUCCAUGGGAGUGCACUGCAUCCAUCAGAAUGAGAAGUACUUCCCCUGUCCCGAUGAGUUCAUACCUGAUCGAUGGGUCCCUGGCUCAGACAGCUUUCAGGAGAUACCGAAAGAUGGGUACAGACCUUUUGAGAAAGGUCCGAGGGAUUGUAUUUGCCAGCGGCUUGCGAUGUUGAAAAUGAGAAUUAUUCUCGCGUUGACGUUGAGGAACUUUGAUUUCGAGGAGGAUUAUGAGACGUGGGACAAGAAUUUAGGGAGGACGAGCCCCGGAAGUUUGUUGGAGGGGAGGAGAGGGAUGUUUGGCAAGUGAAAAUUCCUUCCUGGAACUUGGUGACGCUUUCUGAUAGGACACGUAGUUCAACGUGCAUACCAAUAGCUGAUUGCGAGUGCGAAACCUGCCGACGGAUUACCGGGGAGGUUUAUAAGAAGAAAACAAAAGAGACGCGUUUGAUGGAUGGCUUGCUAAGCUCAAGCAUCAACAAAUCCUUCUGGUUGCUGGCCCCCUUACUGAAAUGGAUGUGUUGAAACGUCUGGCAUGAUGUAAGGUACAUCCAGUAUCACGAACUCAGAAAUGAAUCAAAUAUGAAACCUUUUGGUAAGUAUAGACUCAGGGAUCUCAUUUCCCAUGUGAGACCAGGAAGUGGGCUCAAAUAAUU